AUGGACCAACACGUGCCUUUGUUCCCUGGAAACAGUGAAGCACCUGGAAAGCAUUCUGAAGAUGUUCGUAUCAAGGGUUACGACCCUGUCAUUUCACCAGCAUUAAUCCAAGCUGACUUGCCGGUCUCGGAAGAAUUGCUGGAUUUCGUUGCUAGUCAGCGUCAGCAAGCUUCAGACAUUAUUGCUGGUCGUGAUGAUAGACUGCUAGUCAUUAUUGGCCCUUGUUCAUUGCACGACGCGAAGUCUGCCAAGGAGUAUGCUACGUUGUUGCGUGCUGAGGCGGAAAAACAUAAGCGAGAUUUGCAUAUCAUCAUGCGUGGUUACUUGGAAAAACCUCGUACUACAGUCGGCUGGAAAGGUUUGGUGAAUGAUCCAGACUUGGAUGGCUCAUACAAGAUCAACAAGGGUAUUCGCGUUGCUCGAUCACUGUACCUCGAACUUUUGAGUGCUGGCAUUGGCAUUGCUAGUGAAAUGCUUGAUACCAUUAGUCCUCAAUACUUUUCUGAUCUGAUCUGCUGGGGCGCUAUUGGUGCUCGUACCACGGAGUCUCAACUGCAUCGCGAACUUGCCUCUGGUCUGUCGUUCCCUGUCGGCUUCAAAAACGCUACUGAUGGCAACGUUGGGAUUGCAAUUGAUGCCAUCGGGGCAUCCAAAUGUCCUCACCACUUUUUGUCCGUCACCAAGCAAGGCGUCGUGGCUAUUGUUACAACGACCGGCAAUCCCGACUUGCACAUUAUUUUGCGAGGCGGAAAGAAUGGCACGAACUAUGAUGCUGAGUCGGUAAAAAAGGCUAAAGAAGCCAUGCAGGGUGCCUCACUUCGGCCCAGCAUCAUGAUCGAUUGCUCGCAUGGAAAUUCCAACAAAGACCACAGAAAUCAGCCGAAGGUUGCGGCAUCAAUUGCCGAGCAAGUUGGUGCCGGCGAUGUGGGCAUCACAGGCGUCAUGAUUGAGUCUCACCUAAACGAAGGCAAGCAAUCUUUGCCGCCUGAGGGACCUAGUGGUUUAAAGUAUGGUGUCAGUAUCACUGAUGCUUGCAUUGGCUGGGACGACACGGUUUCAGUUUUGAAAGACCUGGCAGAGGCAGUGAGAAAUCGCCGAGCGAUUGCCGCGGCUGCCGCUGAGUAG